GUAGCUGGAAAGCCCCCUGGUUUCCCAGCCUCCCUUUCCACCUUCGGGAAAAUGCCCACCUCCUGGUCCCCACCUUCUUCCCUUCCAGAGUGCAAUCCCCAUCAGUCCAAUCCAUCUUCAAAACAGGAAGCCACAGGCUAGUGCCCCAUGUAGGCCUGAGGCUUGGCAGGCAGUGGGCGUGGAACAAAGGCUUCCUGAAUAUACCCCCACCCCCCACCACAUGGCCCUGCCCAGAACCUGAUGGCCCUCAUUAGUCCUUGGCACUUAUCUUGGAACCACAGCCACCGACGGAGCCACCCCAGACUUUCUCUCUGCCUGCUCUGAGCUCAACAGUGCCAUGGGGAACUGUCUGUACCCGGUGAAUCCCUCCGUCUUAAUGGAUGAGAACACAAGUCAGAUAGUCUUUGAAGGAUACAACUGGAGCGAAUUCUAUGAUGAGAAUGAGUCCCUUUCCUAUGACGACAACCUGGAAGCAGCCGCCCCCUGCCACUCCUGUAACCUGCUGGAUGACUCCUCACUGCCCUUCUUCAUCGUCGCCAGUGUCCUGGGCAUCCUCGCAAAUGGAGCUGUCCUCUUUGCGCUUAUCAGACCUCUCUUCCACUGGCAGUUGUGCCCUGGCCGGCCUUUCCUGGUACAGUUGGCUGUGAGCAGUGCCCUCUUCAGCAUCUUGGUGCCCAUCUUGGCACCAGGGAUAAAUAGUGCCCACAGCACCACCAUGUGCCAGCUGGGCUAUGGGGUCUGGUAUGGCUUGGCCUUUGCCCAGGCUCUGCUGAUAGGAUGUCGGGCCUGCCUGGGCCCCAAACUGGGUGCACACCGGGUCUCAGGCAUUACCCUAGGGCUCACUGUGGGACUUUGGCUAGUGGCUGCCCUACUGGUGCUGCCCAUCACCCUGCCUAGUGACACUUCCCACAGAUUCUGCUCCAGUAGAGGCCUGGGGACUUGGCAGUCUAUACACAUUGCAGCCUGUUUUGCCAUCUUCAUUGUGUUGCCUCUGGGUUUGUUCGGAGCCAUGGGACUGAAGAAGGCACUGGGCAGGGGGCCAGGCCCCGGGGUUGAUAUCCUGUGGGUCUGGUUCAUGUUCUGGUGGCCACAUGCAGUGUUUCUGGGAUUGGACUUCCUAGUGAGGUCCAGGGUCUUCGUAUUGCCAACAUGUCUGGCCCAGAAGGUUCUAGACCUGCUGCUGAACCUGGCAGAAGCCUUGGCAAUAUUGCACUGUGUGGCUACGCCCCUGCUCCUGGCCCUGUUCUGCCACAAGGCCACCCGUACCUCCUUGCCCUCCGAACCCCUCCCUGCAAGAUGUUCUUCUCAUCUGGACACCCUUGGAGGCAAAUCCUAGCUCUCUUCCCACCUGUCAACCUGAAUUAAAGUCUACACUGUUUUUAUGAA